AUGGCGGCACCGCUUCGUCCCCAGUUCUUCUGUACUCGCCCAAAUGGCACCCUCACCCCUGUCAUCGCUGUGGAUGAGCUCCCCACCGGUAUUACCAUUCGUGGCGUUCCCCGCGUCCUGUCUGCUAGCGAAACUCAGGGCAUGACUAGCCUCGGAACCGUGAGCCCCAGAUCUCAGACUUACGUUGUCGAAGACAUCUCCCCGGCCCUGACCCGCGCUUCUAUCCCAUCGACCGCUGCCCACCGCUCCCGUGACGGCGACUUGCAGUCCUCCCUCAUGAGGCUGAUUACCGAUGAAAACGUCUCGGCGGCCCAGCGCCAGGCUGUCAAUGCGUUACUUCAGCAUGGUAUCGCUCAAAAUUGGUUCAUGACGAAUACCCCGACAAGUGGCUGGUUGGUCCCCAACGGAGGUGGCGGCAGUGGAGGGAACUCCAAACAGGGUGUCCACUACAACGCGAAAAAGGAGUACUGCUCUUACUGGAUCCGUCACGGCGAGUGCGACUAUCAGCAGCAGGGAUGCCUCUACAAGCAUGAGAUGCCCACCGAUCCACUUACACUCGAAAAGCUCGGCCUCCGUGACAUCCCUCGUUGGUAUCGUGAGAAAUACGGAAUGCCCAGUAUAUUGCCCAACGGACAGCCUAAUACCCGCGCUCACUGGAAAGACACGCCUCCAGAUCAUAACGCUCUCAGAUCAAUCCAAUACCCAUCUCGCUUGGAGCUCAGCCCGGUGGUUGAUAGCAACGAAGCAAACAAGAAUGCAAAGCAGACGACUUCUACCUAUACCCGAGCCCAGCAGCAGUCUGUGGUGCUUCCUGGACCUUCCCAGCCUGUCUACUCGAACUCGCCCCAAGUCCCCGGUGCUGCGAAGCCGGGAAAACAUACACCUGGCCCCCAAAGUGCAGGAAAUAAGAAGUUCGACCUGCUGUCGUUUGACCCUCUUGCGGAAUAUCCCCCCUUGGAUCCCAUGAGCGGCAAUGUGAGCGGCUUUGCUUACCCUCCUUCGACGGAGAACAUCGAUUACGAGGGCCUUAAAGAUACCCAGCGUGACGGACUUAUCCGCAACUUUAAAACUCUUAUGCCUCCCUCCAUGGCCCAGAAUGCAGGCUAUCCACCUAGCUAUCUGGAAGCCGCUCCGGGUCAGCCCCGUUCCAAGAGGGGACCGAAAUCCCGCCGUCUGUACCAGACACGCUCGCAGAAUACCAUGUCCGAACCAAGCAGUGGAAAGGCCGAAACCGACAGCAUCAAAGCCUACCAAGCCCAGGCCACUGCUUCCUCCAGCGCUGCUUCUACCAUCCGCAAGGGUACCCCCAGUUCCCAGCUGGGAAGCCCUUUCACUGGCAGUAUGCGUGAGGAUGUCGCCUCGUCUGAGCCCCCAACCCGCAUCGGCUCCCCUGAUCUCCCUCCGGGCACUUCUUUGUCCUCCGGCACCAGUCCCCGUGAGCUCCGUGUGCCGGUCAGGGAGAAGGAGAUGCGUCCUUUUCCGCCAGCCAUCGGUAGCAAGAAGGACCACCAGAGGAAGUCCCCCGGCUCCUCCUCAGACGACGACUUUUUCAACUUUGGCAUGGGCAUGGGCAUAGGCAAUGGAAACUAA